AUGGCUCUGGCAAAGGUGCCCGGGACCUGCCUGCUCACCAUCCGUGUCCUGCAAGCCCGUGGCUUGCCCUCUAAGGACCUAGUGACCCCCUCUGACUGUUAUGUGACCCUGUGGCUGCCCACGGCCUCCAGCCACAGGCUCCAGACACACACAGUGAAGAACAGCAGAAACCCCGUCUGGAACCAGAGCUUUCGCUUCCGAAUCCACAGCCAGCUCAAGAACGUCGUACAGCUGCAGGUCUUCGACCGGGACCUUCUGACCAGUGACGACCCCAUGCUGUCGGUGCUCUAUGACGUGGGGACUUUGCGGAUUGGGGAAUUCCGCCGCGAAAGCUUUCCCGGAAGCGCUCAGGGUGAGGUGCAGCUGGAAGUUGAAUUUCGUCUGCAGAAUCUGACAGACUGUACUGAGCAGCUCGUCAGCAAUGGCAUCCUGGUGGCCCGGGAGCUCUCCUGCUUGCAUGUUCGACUGGAGGAGGCUGGGGACCAGAAGGGGGCAGAGGGCAGAGUUCAGCUUGCGGUUCCCGGGUCCUAUGAGGGUGCACAGGAGGCCUCCGUGGGCGCUGCCUCCUGCUUCCAUUGCCCGGCUUGCUGGGAGCAGGAGCUGAGCGUCGGCCUGCAGGAUGCCCCCCAGGAGCAACUGAAGGUGCCCCUGAGGGCCCUGCCCUCUGGCCAAGUGGUGAGGCUCGUCUUCCCGACGUCCCAGGAGCCUCUGAUGAGGGUGGAGCUGAAUAAAGAAAAAGGACCCAAGGAGCUGGCCGUGCGGCUGGGCUGCGGGCCCUGUGCCGAGGAGAGAGCUUUCCUGAGCAAGAGGAAGCAGGUGGUGGCCAAGGCCCUGAAGCAGGCCCUGCAGCUGGAUGGAGACCUGCAGGAGGACGAGAUCCCAGUGAUAGCUAUAAUGGCCACCGGCGGUGGGAUCCGGGCGAUGACUUCCCUGUAUGGGCAGCUGGCCGGCCUGAGGGAGCUGGGCCUCCUGGAUUGCGUCUCCUAUAUCACAGGGGCCUCGGGAUCCACCUGGGCUUUGGCCAACCUCUACGAGGACCCUGAGUGGUCUCAGAAGGACCUGGCAAAGCCCACUGAGUUGCUGAAGACCCAGGUGACCAAGAGCAAACUAGGCGUGCUGGCCCCCAGCCAGCUGCAGCGGUACCGGCAGGAGCUGGCUGAGCGUGCCCGCCUGGGCUACCCGGCCUGCUUCACCAACCUGUGGGCCCUCGUCAAUGAGGCACUGCUGCGUGAUGAGCCCCAUGACCACAAACUCUCAGACCAGCGGGAGGCCCUGAGUCACGGCCAGAAUCCUCUGCCCAUCUACUGUGCCCUCAACACCAAAGGGAAGAACCUGACUACCUUUGAAUUUGGAGAGUGGUGCGAAUUCUCCCCCUACGAGGUCGGCUUUCCCAAGUACGGGGCCUUCAUCCCCUCCGAGCUCUUUGGCUCUGAGUUCUUCAUGGGACGCCUGAUGAAGCAGCUGCCUGAGUCUCGCAUCUGCUUCCUGGAAGGUAUCUGGAGCAACCUGUAUGCAGCCAAUCUCCAGGACAGCUUGUACUGGUCCUCAGAGCCCAGCCAGUUCUGGGACCGCUGGGCACAGGAUCAGGCCAGCCUGGACAAGGAGCAGGUUCCCCUUCUGAAGAUAGAAGAGCCUCCCACGGUGGCCGGCAGAAUAGCCGAGUUUUUCACUGACCUCCUGACGCGGCGCCCGCUUGCCCAGGCCACCCACAAUUUCCUGUACGGCCUCCAUUUCCACAAGGACUAUUUCCAGCAUCCUCACUUCUCCACCUGGAAAGCCACCAAGCUGGACGGGCUCCCCAACCAGCUAACGCCUGCAGAGCCCUACCUCUGCCUGCUGGAUGUUGGCUACCUUGUCAACACCAGCUGUCCCCCACUCCUGCGGCCCACACGGGACGUGGACCUCAUCCUGUCGCUGGAUUACAACCUCCAUGGAGCCUUUCAGCAGCUGCAGCUCCUCGGUCGGUUCUGCCAGGAGCAGGGGAUCCCGUUCCCACCCGUCUCGCCCAGCCCUGAGGAACAGCGCCAGCCUCGCGAGUGCCACCUGUUCUCAGACCCCGGCUGCCCUGAGGCCCCGGCCGUGCUGCACUUCCCCCUGGUCAACGACUCCUUCCGGGAGCACUCAGCCCCUGGAGUCCGCCGGACAGCUGAGGAGAAGGAGGCUGGGGAGGUGAACCUGUCUUCAUCCAACUCCCCGUACCACUACUCGAAGGUGACCUACAGCCAGGAGGACGUGGACAAGCUGCUCCACCUGACGCAUUACAACAUCUGCAACAACCGGGAGCAGCUGCUGGGGGCCCUGCGUGAGGCUGUGCGGCGGCGGCGGCGGCGGCACAGGCCCCAGUGA